GUAAAAAAAUUGAUCUACACUUCAGUAGUGUAAGUGAUAUACCUACACAUAUUCGUCAAAAAUGUCCUAUUCUGUGGCCACCGUAUUUUUGGUUUUCUCUUUUGGUGUUACGCUAUUAGUCACAAGUGGCUCUGGAAGAGUUCAAGGGGGUAGGCAUUAUGGUUAUGACUAUGAUAACACCUAUGGAAGUCCGUUAGACAUGGGCGUUACCAAAAAAAAUUAUGGUUAUGGAUAUGCUUAUCCAGUUUCCGGCCCUGGUGCAGAUUUAGGUUCUAGUCUUGUUUCAGGCUAUGGUUUAGGCAAUGGCUAUGGUUCCGGUUUUGAUUCAGGCAUGGGAUAUAGAGGUCAAGCGGGCCUAGGUGUGGCUGGACUUAGCCCCGCAUACCGAUUGGUUGGUAUGGGUGAGCCCGUUGGUAUGGGACUAGGUGCACCACUAGGUGUAGGACAAGGUAUGGGACUAGGUGUAGGACAAGGUAUGGGACUUGGUGAAGGUCGUAAUGCUAGAGUUGGUGUUGGUAUUGGAAAUGGAAAUGGAGUAGGACUUGGUGCAGGAAUGAGUGAAAACCAGGAACCAAUGGGUAGAAUUCUUGGUAACGGAGUUGGUUUGGGAGUUGGACAAGGACUUGGUGAAGGAAGGAAUGGUAUUGGAAUAGGUAAUGGAGUUGGUGUAAUGGAACCUGCACCUAGACGUAAUAUUUACAAAUGGUGGAGAAAACAUCCCAGUUAGAACAUUUAGAAGAUCUGCUGUAGUACGGUGUGACAGCUGUUCUUGAUGUGCAGCUAGCAUGGCUUCAAAUAUGCAUUCUACUGUCCAUCUCUUUAAUGGCAUUUUAUCAAAAUCUAUGGAACAGUGUUCUGAAUAUUUGCACAAAAAUUUCUCAAGUAGUGUAGUGGGAACUAAGCACUUUUAUAUUUACAAAAGUACAAAAAAACUAAAUAAAUAUUGAGCAAAUUAAUACGCACAUA